AUGAUCCAUCGAUGGGCCAUUCUGGUCCUGAUUUUGCCCCUCAUCCGCGGGGAUGUGAGCCACCUGUCCAAGGAUUACAUUCCACCGAGUGCCGAACAGGACGUGCACACCCGUUCUGAAGCAGCCAACGAGAUCCAGAAGGAUCCAUCCGGGUUCUAUCCCUCCACUGGAUUACCUCUGCCACCUGGUUAUGCCAUUCCCACGGGUGGUAAUGUCCCACCUCCGCCUGUUCAGCCGCCAAACUUCCCGCUGCCCAUCUACCCGCCCUUCUUUGGAUUCGGCGGAGGUCCUGGCGAGCAGGGAGUGGGUCCUGGCAUCGGUCCGGUGCCCUCGGCGUAUCCCAAUGGUGGGCCCUUCCCGGGAGGGCCGCCAAAUGCCGCAUACCAAGUGCCGCCAAAUGCAGGAGGUCCCUUCGGUGGAGCUUAUCCCCAGGGACCUGGUUUUCCACCACAAGGAGCGGGUUUCCCACCUCAGGAAGCGGGUUUCCCUCCUCAGGGAGCAGGAUUUCCACCACAGGGAGCAGGAUUUCCACCACAGGGAGCAGGAUUUCCACCACCGGGAGCAGGUUUCCCUCCACAAGGAGCUGGCUUCCAACCACAAGGAGCUGGCUUCCAACCACAAGGACCUUUUCCACCACCAGGAGCACCCUUCCCCCCACAAGGAGUACCCGGAAAUGGAUUCCCACCACCGGGAGCUAACUUCCCUCCGCAAGGAGCUCCCUUCCCACCACCGAGGAGCUCCUUUCCCCCCGAAUUCCUGACCAACCAGGGACUUCUGACCAAUCCGCAGGGACCCUUCCAAGGACCCAAUCCCGGAGGAUUCAAUGUGCCCGUGGGAUUCGGUGGACCAGUUCCCGGACAGAAUCCCUACCAGCAAUUCCCGCCCGGAUUCGGAGGACCGGCGCCACCAGGCUACUCGGAUGAACAAAAAGAGGAGGAGCACAAGGAUGCAGAGAGGACUGUGGUGCCACCGCCUCUGGCCGAUGAUCCCAAAGGCAUUGCGGAUACCGUCUACGCAACAAAUGGCGGAUAUGUCUACCAGAGGGCCAAGUAA